AUGGACGAAGAAAAACAUCUCCUCUCUGGAAGCUACUCAGAGUCCGAGCAAGGAGAUCACUUGAAAAGCCCUUUAGCUCAGCAAAGCUUGCGACGUACUUUUUCAUUUUCGUACUUCACUUCUGUAGUAUCGAUCCUCCUACUAAUCUCCGUGACCACGAACGUCUUCCAAUACCUACAACUCAGGCCAUCCGCAUUUCAACCAUCGUCAUUUCCAGGACUGCAGAAUCUGAAGCACCAGAUCAAAACACACCAUGCCGAGCAUGGAGUGAAAAACAGCGACUACCAGGGCGGCCAUACCAAUGCGACCGCGGCAGCAUGGACGGCUCUGCUCCAACCAUUCUACUUCAACGCCUCAGCUUCUGAGCUCUCCAACGCCGACGUCUCGCCCACGAAUGCCGUGCGCGUCAAACAAGGCGGCUACCUAGCCAGUCUAGGCGUGUACCACGAACUUCACUGUCUGAACCAAUUCCGCAACUUCCUCUACCUAAGCACCAGUCCCACUCCCUUAUCUGCAGAACAAAUCACCUACUACGGCAGCCAUCUGGACCACUGUAUCGAAGUCCUCCGCCUGUCAAGCAUGUGCAACGCCGAUCUGAGUUUGUACACGUUUACGUGGCCGCGGGAGCAGAGUUUCACGUUUCUGGACGCGCAUUCAAAUACGCCGAGGAAGUGCGUGGACUGGGGUCAGGUUGAGAACUGGAGUAUGGAGAGGAAGGUGGAGUUGGCGCCUACGGUGAUAAAGCCCGGGGAGUGA